UUGAUACGUGUGCAAGUGUUCAAGUUAAUAAGACGCCUUGAGCUGCCGAAAAUUAUAUUCAAAUAUUCCGUUACAUAAACAGGUACAGAUCGAGUCAAUAAAAGCGUGCUAAAAACGUUUUUUUUAUCGCGUCUGUUACAAUUAUUAUUCUUUGGCCCUAACCUAACAUUUGGUGGGCAAACACUUGCAUUUCUACUUGCAACACGAAGGUAACAUCAUUUAAUUUUGGUGUCGGAUUAAAUAUAAAUAAUUUAAAAGAAAAAAAAUAUGGCGCUCCGUUUUCCACAUGAAAUUAAACCUGUGACAGAGGAAGAGGAUUUAAUUCUGAAGAAAUACUACAAAGGGUACAGCCGGCCGUUUGUCCGCGUUGGAGCCCCGGGAUAUCUCGCUACGCCAGGGUACCAAGACCAUGCUGAAGAUAUAUACAACCUAGAGAUUAGGCCUGAUGACAUAUGGGUCAUCCCUUUCUCUAGAUCUGGGACAACAUGGCUUCAAGAACUAGUAUGGCUGGUCAAUAAUAACUUGGAUUACGUGGCCGCUGCUUCUCAACCCCUCAGUAAAAGAUACGCUUAUAUUGAGUACGUAACACAGAAAUCUGACGCUGCGAAAAAGAUGCCGCAAUCCAUCAGACCUGAACAGAGAGCUACGUUUGAGAGCUUCGAAACUUUGCCAAAUCUACCGUCUCCGAGAUAUGUUAAAAGUCACCUACCGUUGUCACGUCUGCCACCAGCUCUGUUGGAUACUGCAAAGGUAUUCUACGUAGCCCGCGACCCUCGAGACGUGGCCGUGUCGCUACAUUUCGCUGUUAAGCUCUUCGGCUAUUUCUCGGACGAGGUCACUUUCAAAGAAUUCUGGGACCUAUUCAAAAGAGAUUUAGUUCUUCACACGCCUAUCUUUUCUCACGUGAAGGAAGCAUGGGAGAAACGUCACAAUCCAAAUCUAUUCUUCCUUUUCUACGAGGAUAUGCAAAAUAAUCUACCGUCCGUAAUAGAUAAAGUUUGUAAUUUCCUCAAUAAAGCCUACACGGCCGAACAAAAGGCAGAACUGGCGAGACACUUGAGCUUUGAGAGCAUGAAGAAAACUUCGACAUACAGCAAACCCUCCAAAGGCGAAAAUAGUUUCUUUAGAAAAGGUAAAUCCGGUAGUUGGGUGGAAUACUUCGACGAUGCUAUGAAAGAAGAAGCGAUGGAAUUCAUGGAUAAAAAUCUCAGCGACACCGACAUGCGGUAUCCCGUUGUGGAAAUAUAGUUGAUAUAAAUCUAUUUUCAUUAUAAUUGUGAAGUGCCGUAGUAUGUCAAUGAACUUUCAAAAACUACUGAUUAUGAUAUUAACUGAUUUUUUCCCCCUACCUUUUCACUGGUAGCCUAAGAGUCUACUGCAGCUACGUCCGGACGGGUAGGUUAUUACCCCCUUUUCCCUACCUUUUCACUAAGAGUCUAUUCCAGCUACGCCGGGUAGGUGAGCUCACGGGGUCAACCUGAGAGAAUUUUCUAACACUAGCCCUGGCAAGAGAUUAACUGCCCUGUACUAGCUACGCUGGAGUUAAGUUAUUUAAUCAGAAAAACUGUAACACCUUACACAAUCAACCAUCUAGUACAUUAAAAAAACGGAAUCACUUCAUUCCUUUAUUUGAGAUUUAAUUAAAAUAUAAACCAAUUAAUUUCACUUCUUUUCGUUAUCGUCAUUUAAAAUAAAAACACCUUCGUAUAUUU